UAGAAGUUAGGAGUCCGUACAAGUGAAAACGCUUUCUCCGCGGAGGAGAAAGGGUAAUCACACCCCAAGGCGUAUAUCGCGAAAACGCUUCUAGCUACGGGUGGAGGGCAAGAGGGAGAUUUUGAGGACAAAAAAGGUGUGGAGAAGCAAUGGAGGUACGGGGCAAGCGUUCACCGCGUCAACGGAAAGUGACAAAACAGCGACUGGAGGGAACAUAGUUUACAUUUGAGGGACACGGUCACCGCCCAAUGCAGAUUUACAUGUUGAAGCCCUAAUCCUGAAGGGAUGGCAUUAGGAAGUGGAACCUUUGGAAGGUAAUUACCUCUUGAAAUUGGAACCCUCAUGAUGAGACAUUAGUGUCUUAUGAGACAAUACAGAAGAGGGUUUGUUUUCUCUUUCUCAGCUCUUUGCCAUGUGAAGACACAGUGAGAUAACCACACAGAAACCAUGAACUCUCACGGGACACUAGAUCUGCCAACACCUUGAUUGCUUUCUAGAGUCCAGUCCUAGAGACUCCUCUACCUGUGGAACUGUGAGAAACCAAUGUCGUUUAAGACAGUCAAUCUGUGGUGUGUUUUUUUUUCUAGUAGCCUAACCCGAAAGAAAUCAUAAACUUAUCAUUUAACUUCAAGGAUAUUAUAUCACUUAAUGUAUAAUAAAAUAGUCUUACAAUAGUAUAUCUCUGUUUCUUGUGACCAGGUCAGUGUCAGUGAAGAGACUGUCUAACAGAUGCUCCUGGAAUACAUACCUGAGUUGAGCAUUUUUGUCACCUGCAAAUAAUUUUAGCCAGGUGGCAAGUGCAUAUGGAAUAAGAAGAACCUGCUUCUGCCUCUAACUUGGCGGAAAUAACAGGAAACACAUGAAAAAUGCCGUGAUCGUAAUGUCUGUGAGGAGCGAGCAAGGCAGUUCUUCAGGGGAGGGAUUAUUGUCAUUCGAAGAUGUGGCUGUGGACUUCACCAGGGAGGAGUGGCAGUUUUUGGACCCGUCUCAGAAGGUCUUGUACAAGGAAGUAAUGUCGGAGAACUACAGAAACCUAGUAUCAGUAGGGUAUCAAGGCACGAAGCCAGAUUCACUCUUCAAGUUGGAGCGAGGAAAACCGCCAUGGAUAGUAGAAGGGGCGGCCCACAGUGAAACCUGUCCGGGUUUUGUUAUCCAGAAUACAAGAGAUGCAGGAAAAGAUUCUGAUGCAUUUGGUGGAUAUGGGAAAUCAUGCCUCCAUAUCAAGCAUGACAAAACCCUUACUGGAAUUAAAUACCAUAGAUGUGUUAAAGCCAGUAGCACUAAAUCACAGCUCAGUGACCAUCCAAAAAUAUAUGCAGGAGAGAAACCGCAUGAAUGCAGUGUGUGCGGGAGAGUCUUCUCCAGGAAAGCACAGCUUAUUCAACAUCAGAGAACAGAGAGAGGAGAGAAACCCCAUGGAUGCGGUGAAUGUGGAAAAACAUUUAUGAGGAAGAUUCAGCUCACUGAGCAUCUGAGAACUCACACGGGGGAGAAACCCCAUGAAUGUAGGGAAUGUGGAAAGGCCUUCUCCAGAAAGUCACAGCUCACAGUCCAUCAGAAAACCCAUACAGGAGAGAAACCCUACAGGUGCAGCGAAUGCGGAAAAGCCUUCAGCCGGAAGUGCCUGCUCAAUAGACAUCAGCGAUCCCAUACUGGAGAGAAACUCUUUGGCUGCAGUGUGUGUGGGAAAGCCUUUUCCCAGAAGGCAUACCUCAUUGCACACCAGAGACUUCACACAGGAGAGAAGCCUUAUGAAUGCAGUGAUUGUGGAAGAAGCUUCUAUUUUAAGUCAGACCUGACCAGACAUCAGCGGAUUCAUACAGGAGAGAAACCUUAUGAAUGUAGUGAGUGUGAAAAAGCCUUUAGAAGCAAGUCAAAGCUCAUUCAGCAUCAGCGUACUCACACUGGAGAGAGACCGUAUUCAUGCAGUGACUGUGGCAAAGCCUUUGCUCACAUGUCAGUCCUCAUUAAACAUAAGAAAACUCACAUAAGAGAGAAAGCCCUAAAUUCACUGAAGGUGGAGAAACCUUCCUCCAGAAGCCAUACCUCCUUAUACAUGAGUGAACUCACACAAGAGCAAAACACUGUGAACACGGUACAUACAGAAAUGCCUUCCUCAAGAACCCCCCCAUUGUUAAACAUUAGUGAGCUCCUAGUGGGUAGAAAUGUAGUGAUUGUGGACCCACCUUUUCCAAGAAAUCAACCCUUUGUAGUGAAUCAGGAAUUCGAACAAGGAAUAAGACUUGCGAAUGAAGUAAAUGUGGCCCCAUCAGUAAUAAACUAUAUCUUGUAUCUUAAAGAUACUUUAUAAGAAUAAAUCUUCUGAUACCGGAAAGGUGGGAAAAUCUUUAGCAGGAAUCCUCCAACCAUUAUAUGCCAGAUAGCUCAUUUAGGGCUGAAACCACGGAGGCACUGGUUGUGGAGGACAUUUCUGUGAGAAGCUGAACCUGUUACACACCAUCGAAAUCACGUUGGAUAGAAAUGCAGGUGUUAUUAGGAAGCCCUUACCUGGAGAUGGUAUCUCAAUUGGUAUCAAAAGAAUUCUUACAGGAAUGUUUAUGAAAGAUUGUGAUGGUGUUUUUAGUGCUUAAUUGUGCCUCGUGUGUCAAAGAAACAGACAACUUUAGAGGCAAUGGAGAUGGAAAACAUUUUUAGUAAAAUUUUUAUGGGAGAAUUUAUAGGAAAAAAGUCUUAAAAGUGAGAAAUGAUGGAAACUCACCAAAUUAACUCAUGUAUCACACUUUUAUGCCUUGAGAGUCUUGGAGGGACAUGUUUAAUAAAUGACAUCUUGAGCCCCAGGAAUGUUAUUAUGUAACGAAAACCUAUGAAUAUAACAAAUACGGAAGUAAAACUGUUCGUUUCUUGUGGGUGCUGCACCAAGCUAACAGAUCUGAUGCCUUAGAAUGAUGCAAAAUUAUUACCCUACAGUUCUGGAGGUCUGGAGUCCAGAUGUGUCUCACAGGGCUAAAUCAAGCUGUUGACAGGGCUGCUUUUCCUUUCGGAGGCUCUAGGGGAGCGUCUUUCCUUGCCCUUCAAGCUUCUAGAAGCUGCUUAAAUUCUGUGGUUUGAGGCCUCCUUUCAAAACCAGCAGUGACCAAUCGGUCUUACAUCACUCUUAACACUUGAGUGUUCUGUCUCCCUCUUCCAUGUUUGAGGACUCUUGUGAUUACAUUGGGAAAACCCAGAUAAACCAGGAUAAUCUCCCUAUCUUAAUAAUUAUGAUCCAGGGUAUGUUAACAUUUUUAUUGUAUAAUCAGAGAAUCUUAUGAUUGUUAUAUGUGAACCUUGUAGAUGCUCUUGAAAUGUUAAAGUCACAUCAGCACUGGAAAAUAACUCCUAAAUGUCCAAAAAGAACGUGAGAUUUGUGAUGCUUGAAAUGUUGCCAAACAUAAAUUUGUAUCUAUUCUGAAAUUAUAUGAAUUAACAUACCCAGCCAGGCACACUUGCUCACACCUAUAAUCUCAGCACUUUGGGAGGCCAAGGCAGGAAGAUCACUUGAUCCCAGGAGUUUGAGACCACCCUGGGCAAUGUAGCAAGACUAUAUCUCUAC